UUUUUCUCAUUUGCUAAUGUUGGGGCGUCUGCUGUUGCGGCAGUUGAAACUGUGUCACUUAUUACUUCGACUAAGGAUAUUUAAUGAGACAACAUUUGUGUAAAGCAUUCCAAAUCAACUGUCUUCUGUUAGUUUGCCAUGCUGGAAGAAGGACUCCUCAUGGAAACAGAGGGGAAUACUGAAAAUGUCCAACACAGUUAAAAAAGCAAGACAAGGAGAAAAAAUACUGUUGAAAUCCAACCUGUUUUUUAGAGCUUCUCAUGAUCUCAGGAGGCUCCAGUCCCUGCUUGCCAAAAGCCGCCCCAGACAAGAGGUGGCAGCGCUGAGUCACAGUAAAGCAUGCAGCGGUGGAGCCAGGAGAUCCAUGAAUCCUCCAAAAGACACCAACAGACCUCACAGGAGUGAGAGCGACCUCAGUAGUGAAAACUCUGAACUGGAAAAAUUCAGCAUAACAUACAGAGAGCAAAGAUGUUUCAGUAGUCAUCCACUGUGCAAACUGUUCUCUGACAUCCUUACAUCUUUGGUCAACAACCGACUCUGCAGUGAUUGGAUUGACCAUGCACCACCGGAGUCAGUCCUUAGAGUUCUCAUCUGCCUACGAUUACUAAUCAGAGAUCCCCAUCAUCAGAAAAUCCUCCAUGAACUCCAAGGCAUCAAUUUACUUGCCAGGUAUAUGGAGUCUGUCACUGCCAUGUAUAUGUCAUGUGGAGAGAAGGCAUUUGCCUCACAGAAGCUGGUCACACUGACCUACAUGUUUCAGAAGCUCUCUGCUGCUGAAAAUCAAAGGGUGUGGGUCAUCAAGAGCGGCGCUCACAGGACCCUGGUGAAGCUCCUCUCCACAACAGAUAGCAGUGUGCUGCUGGGAGCACUGCUGGCACUCACCACUUUGGCUGAAAGCCCAGAAUGCAAGAAGGAGAUAGGGGAGUUGCCGAUAGUGGAGAGUCUCCUUGUAAUUCUCCAGGAAUAUGACCUGCUGUCAAAGAGGAUGAGUGCUGAGCUGCUGAGGCUGCUGUCCCCGGUGCAGCAUGUGAGGGACCAGGUGAGAGAGCUGGAGGGUGUUCCAGUACUGCUGAGCCUGCUGCACGGUCAACACCUGAAGCUGCUGUGGAGCGUCGCCUGGGUCCUGGUCCAGCUCUGCGAGGAUCCCGACACCAGGGCGGAGAUCCGGAGCUGGGGUGGGGUGCAGCAGCUCCUCCGGCUGCUCAACAGCGACAGGCGGUUCGUCUCUGACCACUCGUCCAUCGAGACGCUCUCCAGUGCCAAUGCAGCUGGUCGCAUUCAGAGAGAGCACAUGACAGAACAGCUCGGUCCACAGGAGGAAAUGGACAACACUGCAGCCCUGCAGUCAGCCUGCUGCACAGCUCUGACGGAGAUGAGUCUGGAUGACACAUCUGCUCACCACAUUGUACAGGAAAAUGGGAUCUACAUCAUCACAAAGUUGAUUUUACCACAUAACUCUGGACCAAAGAUCAAUUCUUUACAGUGCUAUGCGUUCCGGACGCUUCGAUUUCUCUUUAGUGUGGAAAGAAACAGACAUCUGUUUAAGAGACUCUUUCCCACAGACCUCUUUGAAUUGUUUAUUGAUGUUGGACAUUAUGUGCGGGACCUCACAGCCUACGAGGGCCUGCAAACUAAAGUCUCACUCUACACUGAAGUGGAGCUUGACAGUCUGAAUGAUAGCAUUGAGGUUGUGGAUCAGAACCGACCUCCUCUCAGAGUGAUCAAUGGUUACUCCAUACUAGACCAUCUGGGCACCGGGGCCUUUGGAAGUGUCUUUAAGGUCUUAAAGCAGAGUGGGCAGAACCUUCUAGCUCUGAAGGAGGUGAAUCUACACAACCCGGCGUUUGGCAAAGACAAAAAGUCCAGAGACAGCAAUGUGGAGAAAAUCAUCUCUGAGCUCACAAUCAUCAAAGAACAGAUGACUCACCCAAACAUUGUUAAAUAUUACAAGACAUUUUUGGAAGGCGACAAGCUGUACAUAGUGAUGGAGCUGAUCGAGGGAGUGCCACUGGCUGAACAUUUUAACUCUCUGAAGGAGAAGCAGCAGCAGCUUACUGAAGACAGAAUUUGGAAUAUAUUCAUACAGAUGUGUCUGGCAUUGAGGUACCUGCACAAAGAGAAGAGAAUAGUCCACCGGGACCUCACACCGAACAACAUCAUGCUGGGGGAGAAAGACAAAGUCACCAUCACUGACUUCGGUCUUGCCAAGCAGAAACAAGAGAACAGCAAGCUGACGUCAGUGGUCGGCACCAUCCUUUACUCCUGUCCAGAGGUGGUGAAAAAUGAGCCGUACGGAGAGAAAGCUGACAUCUGGGCUUUGGGCUGCAUCCUCUACCAGAUGGCCACUUUACAGCCUCCGUUCUACAGCAGUAACAUGCUGUCUCUGGCCAGCAAGAUUGUCGAGGCCGUCUAUGAGCCAGUCGAGGAGGGGGCUUUCUCAGAGAGAGUCACAGAAAUGAUCAGAUGGUGUUUGAGUCCCGAUGCAGAGCAGCGGCCAGACAUUGUGGCCGUCAGCUCUAGGAUCUCUGACCUCAUGAUGAGACUGAUGGAUGUGCUCUACACUUCCCACAAUGCACUAGAACGAAGAGCAGAGAGAGACCGAAAACGGGCACAAAAGUACUUCCAUGAAAAGCACAAAAGCUGGACGGACUACAGUCACUCCAACCCAUCGCGGGAAGGGCUCUUAGUGAAGACUGAAUCUCAGGCUCCAUGCUCUUCUACUGGCUGCAGUUUAAACCACAAUGAGCAGAAAAAAAAGUCCAGCGCCUGUGUUACACCAGAUUGUGUUCUGAACAGUGGGGAUUUUGCUGCUACAAAGAUGAAACCGAGACCAGUGUCAGGAGGGAUCUGUGUCUCCCAGAAGAAGCUACGACAGAUUGAUGAUCCCAUCCAGAGGCUCCUCGUGCAGCUGCACAAAAUCGUCUACAUCACUCAACUCCCACCAGCUCCACACCACAACAUCAAACGACGCCUCAUUGAGAGAUUUAAAAAGUCCCUCUUCCACUUUGGCAGCGACCCAUGCAACCUGAAAGUGGAGCUCAGCAAGCUCCUCCAGGCCUCCACAGAGCUGAUGGAAUUAGGUUCAGUCAGUUCCGACUGGUGGCCGCUGGUCCAACACUUUACAGGAGACCAGACCCCUGAUAGCACAGUUGACGGGAAUCUCAAAGAUGGAGUUACAUAUCAGCAAAUGCAGGGAAUAAUUGAGGAGCUCCUGGAGGAGAACGGCUACUACGAAACAACAGACAGCAGGUUCAUAAAGAAAAGAAAUAACCAAGAAAAGAAAUGACAUCUCUACUCAACCAAAGAAGUCACGGAAACGGAUGGAGAAAUUUCUGAUUUAUCUGCAUAAUGCUGACUUCACAAUGAUACGUUAUGGAUGCUGAACUGCAAUUAACCUCAGUUCAUAUCCUCUGUAUACAUAGUACAUAUGUAGUUAACGUACAAAACUAUCAAAGCACUUGGUAAAAACAUGCAUUUGUUUGAACUUAAACAAGGCUGCUGGAACCACACACCUCAUUGGUUCUCAGGUGUUGCUUUUGAUGUCAUGUGACUGAAUCUCCAAACACAAUUUAUUAUAUGUGAAACAAAAUGUUUUUUUUUCUGUGUCAGUUAAUUAUCAAAAUGUAAAAUUCAUGAUUGAUCCAGAAGAGGCUUCUCAUAUCAAAGUGAACUGGCGUGCAAACACAGAGAUAACUCCGGUCCACCACUCUCCUUGUUUAUCUGUGGAGGUCCAGCCUCUGUGUUCGUGUGAAUCUUUCUGUUUUAUUUUUUUUUCAGGGCUGACUGAGUGUAGCACUUUAAGUUCUCAGGACCAGACUCAGUGGUUUGACUAUUUUAACUGACUUCAAGCCACAAUUUCCUCGUUUCCUCACUUUCGAUGAGCUGAUAGGAAGCCCAACUUUCAGCUUAAUUCAACAUAUCACAAUGUCUGACUGCAGAUUUACCAGACGUGGGACCCAGGUCAAACGUUUUUUUUUUGUUGUUGCAAUUUUCAUGCACUGUAUCAACAUGAGUUCUCAAAUAGUGUUAUCAUUUUCAAAAUAAAUAACAAAGAAUAUAAUUUUGUAUGUAUUUUAACAGUUUGAAGAGUUCAGUGCAGAAAAUAAGCUUUCUUGUGCACUUCAAUCCAAAUAAAUAUUGGUCAGUAUAAUCUGUAUAAAGAACAUUAAACUA